CAGGAAUGGCCAUGAGCGUGACAUGUCCAGGCCUGUACUGUGGCAGAAUAAUGUUCAAUGGGUCAGUGGAAAGAGACUGUGGUGUUUGCCCUCGUGGAGAGCGGGCCAACCUCCAGAAGGUGUGUGAACGCUGCACUGAGUCCCCUGAACUGUAUGAUUGGCUCUAUCUCGGCUUUAUGGCCAUACUGCCUCUUGUGCUGCACUGGUUCUUCAUUGAAUUGUAUUCUGGGAAGAAAAGUUCCAGUGCUUUGAUGCAGCAUAUUACAGCUUUGUUGGAGUGCAGUCUGUCUGCAAUGGUCACGCUGUUGGUCACAGAACCAAUCGGGAUGCUCAGGAUUAACUCCUGCCGAGUCCAGAUGCUGUCAGACUGGUACACGAUGCUGUAUAAUCCCAGUCCAGACUACAUCAACACUUUACACUGCACCCAGGAGGCGGUCUACCCACUUUAUACCAUUGUGUUUAUCUAUUAUGCCUUCUGCUUGGUGCUGAUGAUGAUGCUUCGCCCUCUAUUGGUUAAAAAGGUAGCAUGUGGUCUGGGCAAAUCAGAUCGGUUUAAGAGCAUCUAUGCUGCUCUGUACUUCUUCCCCAUCCUCACUGUGCUUCAGGCUAUUGGUGGAGGACUGGUCUAUUAUGCAUUUCCCUACAUCAUACUUGUCCUAUCUUUGGUCACUCUGGCUGUGUACAUGUCUACCACAGAGAUACAGUCCUUUACGAACCUAGCUGCUAAGAAGAAGCGCCUAGUUGUUCUGUUCAGUCACUGGUUGCUUCAUGCAUAUGGCAUCGUCUCUAUUUCUCGUCUGGACAAGCUGGAGCAGGAUCUGCCAUUGUUGGCUCUUGUACCUGGUCCCGCCAUGUUCUACAUUGCUACAGCUAAGUUCACAGAGCCAAGCCGCAUACUGUCGGAGGGCAGCAAUGGACACUGAAAUUUCAAAUAAUAUUUCUAGCAACCAUUUGUAAAUCAUAUCCUUUAAACAGCAGAAGUCUCAUCAGUUGUUCUAUACGAGUUAAGAUUUGUAAGCAGUAGACAUUUGACGUUUAUCUUGUUUGUUGAUAAACAAGAUGCCCACUCUCAUGCAUGUCUCGUCUGUAAGGGUAAGGUGUCACAGGUAUAACAUAUUAAAGUACUCUCAUAGGCCACAGUUGGUUAAAUGAACUAUAAGAAUAAAAAAAAAUAAAUAAAUAAAAAAAACCCGAUGCUGGCUCAGCCUAUCUAAUUUACAGCAGUCAUUGAAAUAUGUGGGUGAACUUAAGUGUAUCUGUCGAUAUCCAGUACUAGCCUUGAUACUUACAUUAAAAAGUAAUCAUACCCCUUGAUGUUUUUCAUAUUUUGUGACCUUACAAUCACAAACUAUGUAUUUUGUUGAAAUUUUCAAACAGACAAACAGAAAGUAGCAAAUAAUUCAGUCAUUCCUUCCUUCCAUCCAUCCAUCCAUUUUUUUUCUGUUUGAAAUGUUUUAUUUCUUUGUUUUUGAAUCUAAAUUUUGUUUCUCAUGUUUUAUGUUUUUUAAUCUAAAUUUGCUCUGCUUUGGUUAUCUGAGGUUGGGUCGUGUUGGCAGUAGCUUCAGCACGGAAACCCAGGCGUCCCUCUCCCCAGACACGUUAUGCACCUCUUACAAGAGGAUCCUGAGGCAUUCCCGGACCAGCCGAGAAACGUAGACUCUCCAGUGUGUCUUGUGUUGUCCCAGGGGUUUCCUCUUUGUGGGAAUUGAGGUUUGCUUUUUGGCUUAACUCUUACUUCACCACAACGAACCAAUACAAAGUCUGUGUCACUGCAGAUUCUGCACCGAUCUGCCUGUCGAUCUCCCAUUCCAUUCUUUGCUUACCUGUAAACUUGUCCCCAAGACACUUUAAUUCCUCCACUUGGGUCAGGAUUUCAUCCUCGACCCUGAGAGAGCACUCCACCCUUGUCCAACUCAGGACCAUGGUCUCAGAUUCGGAGUUGCUGAUUCUUAUCCGAGCCACUUCCCAGACUGCUGCCAACCACUUCAAGUGACAGAUGGAGGUCAUGGCUUGAUAAACCAACAGAACCACAUCAACUGCAAACAGCAGAGAUGCAAUACUCGGGUCACCAAACCGGAACCCCUCUACGCCUUGGGUGAAACUAGAAAUUCUGUACAUAAAAGUUAUGAACAAAAGCGAUUGAAAAAGGCAGCGUUGGCGGAGUCCAACCCUCACGGCAAACGAGCCCAAAUUACUACCAGAAAUGCGGCCCAAACUCUGACACUGAUUGUACUGGGACGAACACCAUGUCCAGGGGAUUGGUACAUACUCCUGAAGCACCUCCCACAGGACUCACUGAGUGACACAGUCAAGCACGUUCUCCAAGGCCACAGAAAACAUACAGGGUUCCCUCGCUAAUUCACGCUUCAGUUUUUCAGCUUGGAUACGGUGGUCCCUGCUCUUUUCAGGUCAUUGAUCAAGUCCUGUCGUUUAGUCCUGGGCUAAUUCCUCACCUUUAUAAGGAUCAUUGAGACGCCACGAGGUGAUAUCUUGCAUGGGUUCCACUCCGAUUGAGAUUGAAAUGACGGUCAAUUGUUUAGCUUCUUCCAUUUUGUAAAGAUUGCUCCAACAGUGGACCAUUUUUCACCAAGCUGCUUGGCAAUUUCUCCGUCGCACUUUCCAGCCGCAUGGAGUUGUACAAUUUUGUCUCUGGUGUCUUUGGACAGCUCUUUGGUUUUGGCCAUCUUACAAGUUUGAGUCUUACUGAUUGUAUGGGGUGGGCAGGUUUCUUUAUGCAGCUCACAACCUCACACAGGUGUAUCUGAUUCAGGAUAAUACAUGGAGUGGAGGUGGACUUUUAAAGGCGGCCUAACAGGUCUUUGAGAGUCAGAAUUAUUGAAAUACUUAUUUGCAGCUGUAUCACACAAAUAAAUUAUUAAAAAAAUCCUACUUGGUGAUUUCUGGAUUUUUCUUUUUAGAUUAUCUCUCUCACAGUGGACAUACACCGACAAUUAAUAUUUCAGACCCAUCCAUGAUUUCUAAGUUGGAGAACUUACAAUAUAGCAGGGUGUAUAGAUACUUAUUUUUUACACUGUAUGUACAGUGAUUUUUUUUUAAUGAUUUAUUUGUAUGAUACAUGACAAUGACCCGAAGCACACAGCCAGGAAAACCAAGGAGUGGCUCCAUAAGAAGCAUAUCCAGGAGACUGGAAAGUCCUCCUUUCCGCGAGGCCAGCCCUUGGACAUCCUCUGCCGGGAGGACACAAACAUCAUCCUACGAAUUGCAUGUGUCUCAACCAACGGAGAGAUUGUCACAGACAGAUCACGUCCACAUGGGAGACCAAGUCUUCCUCAAAGUGCUGAGACGACCUCACUGGGACAGUGAACGCUGGGUCGGCCCCACCAGGUGAUUGCAGUAACUCCUAUGGCUGUAAAGGUCCAGGGACGCGACGGCUGGACCACCAGUCUCAGUGCAAACUCCUCAGAUUACCUGCAGACAGGCCUAGUGACGCCAGUCCCUCGGGGUAGGAUCUCCACGAUGUACACACCAGCGUACAGACAAAAGAUCACAGUUGGAGAGAGGGUUUUCCGUGGCAAAAGCACCCCUCGGGAAGAUGGAGCGGACCACUGGGCAGAGGCUGACCAUAGUCCUGUCAACCAAAUAUGCUGUUUACUUACUUGCAGGGCUGUGCCUGAUGGUAAGUGGUGCACAACCUUACGGAAAGAAAGCACCAACACGGAACAGUUGCCCAGUCGUAGACUGUUAUCUACGUCCAUCCUGGGAAACCUCGAGCUCCUGAUGGACAGGACGGGGACGAUGAUUCUACUAUUAUGUAAACCUUUUUUGAUGACUUCACAGAAAAGCAAUGCAGUUGUGAAUGUUCGAUGUUUCCAGGUUUACCUUGUACAUACAUAUAGUUGGCGAAACUUUAGUCCUUCCCCUCAACUUUCGCUCUUGCUUAGGAAAGAGUUUCUACUCUUUUUUUUUUUUUUUUUUUUUCCCCUGGUGGGUUUUUUGGGUAGUUUUCUUCCCACUCAAGCAACGGCUUUUGAUAUUGUUUGAUGUUGUUUUAUUUUAAUCAUGAUAAACGGGGGGGAAAUGUGAAAGAACUCAGUACCAUGUUAGUUAUCAUGAUAAAAGCAUAUCAUUACUACUACAGUUACUGUUAAAAUUGUUUUAUCAUGCGUUUGUUUCUGUUAGUCUUGGUCUGAAUUAUUCUCUUUGUGAGCUGCGUGCAUGUCUUAGAGUGUGACCCAGUGACACCUGGGAGGCGAUGCCUGAUACUCCUGAACACUAGGAAGCGAUGUCUCCAUCAGGACCUCAACAUGUUUCCUUCUGACCUUAAGCAGAUACUCCUUAACCCUUUUCUACCGCAAGAGGAUAUCCCCAAAUGCCAAAAACAUCUCUUUAAACAAUGCCCUCCCUGCUUUUUCUCUUGUGGGUUUUUCAGGACACCCUUGUAGCCUUGACAGGGUUCAUACUCAGUCUGACCAAAAAAAAUUAAGGGAUUUUUAGGGGCAUUCUUAGGGGCUGACACGGAAAAAAUUUAGGGCCGACACGAAAAAUUUAGGGCCAUCGUGGGAAAUCAAGAGUAAGGAAAAAAGACUCACCAUCAACCGUUCUUGGUUCAUCAAAUGUUCCAGUAUCUCAGUACCUGUGACAGUGAUCACCUGUCGCCCCAUGUGGUAGUUCUCAUUGAUAUGACCAUUGUCAACGUCUUCACAUAACAGUAUACAGAAAAACAGAUUCUAACUUCAAUUGCAACUAUAUACACAAAUGUCUUCUCCUGAUGUCUGUUUCAGCAACCCUACUGUGGCUCCUUGAGCCUACCCAGUGCCUCCUCUAUUUGUUGCUGCAGAGGUGCCAAAGUGGCUCUCUUAUCCUUUGCUCUGCCUCUGAGUGCAUUGGCCUCGGUGAUAAACCUCAGAUUCCUCUUUUCUUCUGCCUCCUCACACAGCUUGUCAGCCUUCUCAAUAAGCGUUGAUGGGUCAGUCUCUAUUCUGGCUUUUUUGGCUUUGAGGCAGUAGAGAUAAAAAGUGGGCAGCGAUGCCAAAUGUAGCCAGGUACGAAGUCUUCCUUUCCCCACAGUGGUAGUUUUUAGCAAUGUCACUGUCUGGGAACAUGACUGCAAACACUUGAAUUAUUUUCACAAGACUUGUAACUGUAAUGGCUGCAGAUCACUUUUAAAGUCCACACGAUCUCUGCCUUUAACGAGUCCGUCUUCGUGAAUUGAACUACGUUAUUAAAGCCUGACUUCUGGCUGGUUGGACAACUGUAGGUGCGCAUUAGGAAUCGCAACCGGUUACAAAUAACCGGUUUUUGUUUUUUUAAAACCGAAACCGUAAUCGGACUUUCGAAAUCGGUUAAAAUUUCAAAUCAUUUCUUCCGGUUCCGGUACUCCACAUUGUGCUAUUUUUUUUCAACAUUUCCACUUUUUUCAAGUUUCGCUGUUUGAGUAAAGUUGGACUUAAAAGAACAUUCAGUUAAAUCAAAGAAACAUCAAACAUGGCAUCGAGGAAACGCUCGGUAUACUUUCAUGCCCUUCCUGAAAGUCUGAAAGAAGAAUGUCAACAUUAAAACAUUUUUACAAAAAAAAUAACAAAAAUUUAACUUACACGAGUGCGUUGUUGAAAGCCACAUUCAACAAGCUUGUUUGUCAAUAUUGUAUAUAAACUACCCCAUUACCGCGGAGUAAAUCAACGAUCGAUGGUGUAGCGCCGGAGAAAAGGAGUCGGAGGCAGAGUGUCGGACACAGGAACAAAACUUGUUUUAUUGGCAGACAUCAAAACACUACUCGCAUAACGGGGGGAACUCUGUGAACUCGUCACUCCGGAAGAGCAACAACAAAAACAGUCCGUGCGGAACUCUGCACCCCAACACGAGGAACCGGCGGGUGAAUUAUGUAAACACCACUAUGGUACCGGUUUUAAAACCGGUUAAUCGUUUUUUUGCUACAGCUGUUUGGUUAAAACCGGUUAUGAAAGUAAGCGGUUUUUUGCGAUCCCUAAUGCGCAUCACUGCUAGUACCACUGCAUGAAGUUGAUGCUUCACUAUCUUGAUAUUUUAGAAACAGAUUCAUACCAACAGAAGAUGAGAGAAUCUUCGCCAAAUCAGCGUGUCUCCUGUUUUUCCGGUGUGACUCCAGCACUUUGACACCCAUCUUUUCAAGCUGGUAACUCUGCUUGCACAGAUGGCAGUAAAACAUGUGCCGAUCUUUUGGAUCGCGACAAACCCACCUCCCAAACUCCUUACUUUCAACCCAAGCUUUUUGAAAAAUGCACUUCCCCGUGAUACAAGUUGGAUCGAUGAAAGAACUACGCUACGUCAUAACGAAGACUAAGUGAAAUAUCUACUCACGGAAACAAACAAUGGAAUAUCGACAAGAUAGCAACUAGUUGUCAACACGGUGACUUCCGUUGACAAUUUCCGGCUGUUUUGGACGCCAGACAGAUCGCAAUUUUUUUUUUUUAAAUAAAAGAUUAAUUUAUUUUUUAGGGAGAAUUUUGGUGGAAGAGGUCCUCCCUUUGAUUUUUUUUUUAUAAAAUAUAAGGCCUUUUUCGGGGCUUGACCGGUUUUCGCGGAUUUUAAGGACUUUUAGGAGCCCCUAAAUGCACCUUCGAAAAUUCAAGGGUUUUUAGGGACUUUUAGUGCCGCGUGCCUGCUUGAAGAAAGAUGUACCUUAGUGUUAAUGUGCUGUUAGUGUAGCCAUCUGUGUCAGCAUUUUCACUGUGUAAGCUUGUAACCCUUUAACCUGAGAAAGCAAUAAUGGGCUACCACUUUGGCAGUCUGAGGGAGACCACCCUUGCAGUGGGUCUCCUUGCCUGUCCCUCGUGAGCAAAACAAUCUUGGUUGGUUUGAGUUCAUUCACUCCAGUCCUCAGGCUUGUCUUGGCUGUUUUUCUAGGAACAUCUCUGACAGAGAACAAUGCAUUAAAAAAAAAAAACUACAGGGAGUCCUCCAAUGUACAUGAAGCGUGUUGCAGCCACACGUUAAUCUUCAGUAAACCUGGCCCCGACAGACUUUUUUUUUUCUAAUAUGCAUUGUUCUCAAAUGUGUGCAAUGCGUAUUUAAAAAAAAGAAAAUAAAACGUGGGUCACACAGAGGUUUACCAAAGUUCAAUAUGUACCCGCAAUGCGCUUCCAUGUACAGAGGCCAAAGCCUAUCCCAACGGUUUGUUUUAUUUUUUUAAAUACACACUGGACUCAUUUGAGAACAAUGCAUAUUUAAAAAAAAAAAAAAAACAACUCUCACGGAGAAGUUUACCAAAGUUUAACGUGUGGCCACAACACACUUCGUGUACGGAGGAGCCAACUUGCUUUCCCCCAAUCAUAGUUAAUGAAUGGGAUUUAUUCUUGAUUGAGAACAUAGCCAGAAAUGAAGUAUAUGUAUGGGUCCAGACUUUUCUACGCUUUCAAUCUGUUCUGUGUAAAUUUUGACGACUUACUCACCAGAUACAUGUGUAGAUCCAGUUGUCCAAGACAAGCGAACAAGCAUGUCUUUUUACUGAAUAGUUCACUUAAUUCAUUUGUUUUGGGGUAAGAUGGCAUAUUUUAAUGACAAAUGUAUUUUGUGCUAUCCAGUGAUAGGGGGAUGGGUUGCAAAAAAAAUUUGGGCUUGGCCCUUGGGGAAUUUCCAAUUUUUUGGGGGUCAGGACUUUGAAAUUUUACUAUCAAUUUUUGUCUGAAUGUUGUUCACAGAUAUCGCCAGAAUGCACCACAGCCAUCCAUUUUUUCAAACAUUUUCCGGGGGGGAAUGCCCCUGGACUCCACUAGCAUGACCUCACAUCUUUGGUGCUCCCAAAUGUAUUUUCAGGAAUGUUCAGGAAAAUCGACUUUCAUCUCUGAAAAAUGGCUUCAGGACAAAAAAAGUCAAUGUCCUGGAGUGGCCAUCACAAUGCCCUUGUCUUAAUCCCAUCCAAUACUUUUGCCACAUUUCAAACAUAAAGAUAUAAAAUUAUUUUUUUUUUUGUCAAAAAUCAACAUGUGGUACACACUCGUAAAAUGGAAUGAAAUUUAUUGGAUAUUUUACACUUGUUAAAUAAAUAAAAACCUGAAAAGUGGGGCGUGUAAUAUUAUUCGGCACCCUUACUUUCAGUGUACCAAACUCACUCCAGUUCAGUGAGGAGCUCUGAAUGGUCCAAUGUUGACUGAUGAUAAUAAAGAGAAUCCAUCCGUAUGUAAUCGAGUCUCCGUAUAAAUGCACCUGCUCUGUGAUAGUCUCAGCGUUCUGUUUCCAGUACAGAGAGCAUCAUGAAGACCAAGGAACACACCAGGCAGGUCAGAGAUACUAUUGUGGAGAAGUUUAAAGACGGAUUUGGAUACAAAAAGACUUCCCAAGCUUUAAACAUCUCAAGAAGUACUGUGUAGGCAAGUAUAUUGAAAUGUACGGAGUGCAAAUCUACCAAGACCUGGCCAUCCCCCUAAGCUUUCACCUUGAACAAGGAGAAGACUGAUCAGAGAUGCGGCUCUGAGGCCCGCUCUAGAUGAACUGCAGAGAUCUACAGCUGAGGUGGGAGAAUCUAUCCAUAGGACAACAAUCAGUCGUACACUGCAAAAAUCUAGCCUUUAUGGAAGAGUGGCAAGAAGAAAGCCAUUUCUCAAAGAUAUCCAUAAAAAGAGUUGUUUAAAGUUUGCCAAAAGUCACAUGGGAGACACUAAAUGUGGAAGAAGGUACUCUGGUCGGAUGAAACUAAAAUCGAAAUUUUUAGCCACAAUGCAAAACGAUACGUUUGGUGUAAAAGUAACGCAGCUCAUCACCCUGAACACACCAUCCCCACUGUCAAACAUUGUGGUGGCAGCCUCAUGGUUUGGGCCGGCUUUUCUUCAGCAGGGACAGGGAAGAUCGUUAAAAUUGAUGGGUAAAUUAAUGGAUCCAAAUACAGGACCAUUCUGGAAGAAAACCUGUUGGGAGUCUGCAAAAGAUCUAAGGUUGGGACGGAGUUUUAUCUUUCAACAAGACAAUGAUUGAAAACAUAAAGCCAAAUCUACAAUGGAAUUGUUCACAGAUGAACGUAUCCAGGUGUUAGAAUGGCCAAGUAAAAGUCCAGACCUGAAUGCAAUCGGGAAUCUGUGGGCAGAGCUAAAGACUGCUGUUCACAAAUGCUCUCCAUGCAACUGCACUGAGCUCGAGCUGUUUUGCAAGAAAGAAUGGGCAAGAAUUUCAAUCUCGUGGGAUUGUCUUAGUUGUUUUGCAGGAACCUCUCUGACAACCACAUCAUCUGCAAAGAGCAGAGAUACCAUGCAGAGGCCACAAAACCGAACACCCUCUACACCUCGGCUGCGCCUAGAAAAACUGAACAUAAAAGUUGUGAAUAAAAUUGGUGACAAAGGGUAGCCUUGGGGGAGUCCAACUCUACCCGGAAACGAGUCUGACUUAUUGCCAGCAAUGCAGACUUAACUCUGACAGCAGUCGUACAGGGACUGAACAGCCCGUAUCAGGGGGUUCGGUACCCAAGACUCCUAAAGAACCCUCCACAAGAAAACAGGAAAAAUUUCAUUGCUCCUCCUGGAUCUGAGAUUCGAUUUACCAACGGACCCUCCUCUCCAGCACCACUGAAUAGAGAUUACCAAGGACGCUGUGGAGUGUGAUCACCCAAUAGCUGGAACACACCCUCAGGUUCCCCUUCUUAAAAAGGGGGACCACCACUCCAGUCUGUCAAUCCAGAGCCAACCAGGACAGCCCCACAACAUCCAGAACCUUUAGGAACUCCGGGCAAAUCUCAUCCACUCCCGGGGCCCUGCCACCAAGGAGCUUUUCAACCACCUCUGUGACCUCAACCUCAAAGAUAGAAAAUCCCGCCUCAGAGAACCCAGACUGACAAGGUCUUCAAAGUAUUCUCUCCACCGACUCUCAACAUCCCGAGUUGAGGUCAGCAGUGCCCCAUCCCCACCAUACACAGUGUUGACGGUGCACUGCUUCCCCCUCCUGAGAAGCCGGAUGGUGGACCAGAAUUUCCUUGAAGAUGUCCUGAAGUCGUUCUCCAUGGCCUCUCCAAAUUCCUCCCAUGCCCAGAUUUUUGCCUCAGUGAUCACCAAAGGUGCAUUCCGCUUGGUUAGCCGGUACCUAUCAGCUGCCUCGGGAGUCCCGCAGGCUAAAAAUACCCGAUAGGACUCCUUCUUCAGCUUGACAGCAUCCCUCAUUGUUGGUGGCCAACUCACCCCCAGGUGGUGAUCAGUUGACUCCAAAGUUGAUCAUCAAACUGCGGCCGAGGGUGUCCUGGUGCCAGGUGCACAUGUAGGUACCCUUCUCCCUGAACAUCCUGUUCGUUAUGGAUGAUUCGUGAUGAACACAAAAGUCCAGUAACAGAGCACCACUUGGGUACUGGUCGAGGGGCUGGGGGCGUUCUUCCCAAUCACGCCCUUCCAGAACUUACUGUCAUUCCCCACGUGAGCAUUAACUUUACCCAGCAGAAUGAUGGAGUCACCAGAGGGACCGCUCUCUAGCACUCCCUCUAAGGACUCCAAAAAGGGUGGGUACUUUGAAAUGCUAUAUGGUGCAUAAGUACAAACAACAGUGCAGGCCCAACCACCAGGCACUCACCAAGGACCUUUUUGCCAUGGGUGACUGUAGGAAUAAUUGUGAAUCUAAUUAUUAUACAUCUGCUUGCAAUAAAGAAAUGCUUUGCUCUGCUCUAGAUAACUUGGCAGCCGCCUAGCAGGAGAUAGCAAGAACAAAAACAUCUAAUCAUCAGAACUUUUAGAACCAAUAACACCUGUUGUUUGUUAAAGAAAUUAUGACCACACGUACUCUGCAAUCUUCCACACUCAUGUACACAACACGAACAAAGAUGUACACUUUGAUAUCUCUCGUGAGGAGGAAACUAACACACUCAUGAGGAAUGAGUGAAUGCGCAUCUAGGUGACUGCGGCAGAACCAAACCUCGAGAAUACUAGUCCCUGUCGAGUAGACAAAUUAGUCUAUAAAACUGAGAAAAGGACACCGUGUGCCCUGUACGUACUUGAGCUCCGUGAAACGUGCAUGUGUAAAAAUAAGAGUGGAGGUUCGCUACCUCAUUUGAACAGGAAAUUGAGUGACAUCUGUUUGAGGAUGCAGAGAUAAGAAUUCUCCACCACUUGUGGUAGAAGCUUGAGAAUGAUCAGGGGAAAGUCAGUUUAGUCACCAUAGGUAAACCACUGACUUCAACAUGGGAAAAUCAUCCAGCAAAGUAGUUGACACAGAGGAUCUGAGACAAAAACAUAUCAUGUAAGGACUGGAAGUUUGUAGAAAGCCAAUCUCCUUCUCAAAUAAAACAUCUAAAUUUGUGGAUAACAAAAUAUGGCUUUGCUGCCCAGCUCAACACACAAAAAUUAGUUAACCUGCAGAAUAAAAUAAGAAACAGACACACAAAAAAAUGGACUGAAGAUGAUGUGAAAACGGCCUUAAAAAUAUAUCACAUCUCAUAAACUUGAUGUAACGUAAUUCAUCCAGAGAAUGGAAGACUUGAGAAAAUCUUACCACUUAAAUGGUGUGGAAGUACAACAAAUUUGGAUGACAGCAAAGUACUUUCUCACUGCAGCAGGGAGUUCAAGGGUUAAAAGAGCACACUUCUGGCAUAUUUAGACAAAAAGCUAAUUUUUCUGCCCUUGGAAGACAAAAUAAAACAACAAUGAACGAUUUCAAGAAUAUAGAAUUGGAUUGACAUGAAUGUAUGUUUUCAAGCAAACAGUGGCAUUCCUGAAGAUCACACGGGGGAUAGACUAAGGAGUGUGUAUCAAGAGCAAUUAAAAAAUGCUCUUCAUGCGAAUUCAAAUAAUCUUACAAAACAGUGGAUUGAAAAACAUUGGGUUGACAAACCAACUGGAAGCCUGUAACAAUACGUUAACUCAGCACGACACGGAGAAAGAGUGCAACAAACUAAAAAAAACAAUGUUGGCACCUUUCUGACAAAGGAAGGAGAUAUUAUGGAGCUUUAUGCAAAACAUUUAAUAUGUUUAAUUUUUUUGCUUCCGGUCUUGAAGCUGGUAGCAGCUUAAACAGAAGGCUCUGACCAGCCUGAUCAUAAUUCAAUCAAUCUUGCUGAUUUUGGACCAAAUGUUGUGAAUACUCGACGUGGGAUUCUCCUGUCGACGACUUCAGUGGACUAAAACAACCAUCUGUGCAACCUUAGUACCAAAAUUGGAGUCGUAUUGUUCACGUCGAAGCAGCUCGGCCUAAGUUAGCCAAGCUGGGACCACAAACAACAAAAGCGUCUGUUUUCCAAUAUUUACGGAGGAGGAAAACAUCAAACGGUAGUAUCUACAUGUCCUGCAAAACCUACGUAUCAUAUACAACGAGGAUAGUGACUACCAAUAAGAAGUUGGGCAAGUGGAAACGCCAACUUAAACUUGCUUAUCGACCCAGUAUUACUUAUCUUAGCUUGCUAACAACGAGACGCGUUUGUGAUGAAUUUGUGGAUGUUGAAGAAACACCGAACGUAACUUCAUAACUUGUACGAGGAGGGCCGUGAGGACUGAUGGGAAAUUUAACAAGUCUUAUCUUAGUUCCCAAAUUGGUGCGGUAUCGUUAGUGUUGAAGCUGUUCGGCCCAAGUUAGCCAAGUGCGCUAAUGUUAUUACUUACGUAGAGUAUACAACAAGGACUAAACAUUAAUCAUCAACUCAACCAGGGCCAUUGUGGUUUGAAUCCCUUCCAUCCACGUAUCCUUUAAAUCGACAUAUCCUUUAUAUUUUUAACACAGGUAAUAUGUGAUUGGUGUACCUUAUGUGCUGACUGUGUUGAUUGUGAUUGCUUUCAUUUGACCUUAACUUUAACAUGGAGUAGAUCAUGUGUAAAUUGUGUAUCUUUUGUGCUGACUUUAUUUGAUUGCUUCUUUUUGAUUAUCUGCAGCCCGUUGGGCAGCACAUUAUUGUGCUUCCUGUCGGCUGGUCCCAAGCCCAGUUAAAUGCAGAGGGUUGCGUGAGGAAGGGCAUCUGGCGUAAAUUUGUGCCAAACAUAUUUGGGCAUUCAUCAUAAGAAUUCUACAACAGUUAUGUCGUGGCCCGGGCUUCCUACAGCGGCACCCGGAAAUGUUAAUCUACAAGGCAUAGGUACAAAUUCAGAUAAUGUAGGUCAAAAACAAAAAAAGGAGGAAAGCGGCUUAGUCAGAAGAAAAGGAUUGCACAAACCCUACAGCUGUGUGUAGGGACUUUGAAUGUUGGGACUAUGACAAGAAAAGCACAGGGGUUAGUUGACAUGAUUAGGAGAAAGGUUAAUGUAUUGUGCAUCCAAGAGAGCAAGUGGAAAGGGAGUAAGUCUAGAAGUUUAGGUGCAGGGUUUAAUUAUUUUAUCAUGGAGUAGAUGGGAAGAGAAAUGGAGUAGUGGUUAUUUUAAAAGAAGAGAUGGCUAAGAUUUUCUUGGAGUUGAAAAGUAUCAGAUCGCGUGAUGAGGCUGAAAUUUAAAAUUGAGGAUAUUGUGUAUAAUGUGAUGAUCGGAUAUGCCCCACAGGUAGUUUGUGACCUCAAGUUGAAAGAGAAAUUCUGGAAGGAAAUAGACGAAGUAGUCAUGAGCAUCCCAACGAAAGAGAGAGUUGUGAUUGGUGCAGAUUUCAAUAGACAUGAUGGCGAAGGAAACAGGGGCGAUGAAGAAGUGAUGGGUAAGUACGGCAUUCAGCAAAGGAACUUUGAGGGACUGAUUGUGGUGGACUUCGCAAAAAGGAUGGAAUUGGCAGUGGUGAACACUUAUUUCCAGAAUAGAGUGGAACAUAGAGUGACCUACAGGAGCGGAAGUAGAAGCAAGCAGGUGGAUUAUAUUUUGUGCAGACGGUGUAAUCUGAAGGAGUUUACCGACUGUAAGGUUGUGGUAGGGAGAGUGUAGCUUGACAUAGGAUGGUAGUAUGUAGGAUGACUCUGGUAGUGGGUAGGAAGACAAAGAAGACAAAGGUAGAGCAGAGAAUCUGGUGGUGGAAGUUGAGAAAGGAAGAAUGUUGUGCGGCCUUCCGGAAAGAAGAGAGACAAACUCUUCAGACGAUGUAAUCUGAAGGAGGUUAUAGACAGUAAAGUAGUGGUGGGGGAGAGUGUGACUCGACAGCAUAGGAUGGUGGUGGCGAAGAAGAAGUGGGAUACGGAGAUGACAGGAGAUGCAAAAGGAAUACAUUGAGAUGCGUCAUAUGGCAAAGGUAGAGGUGGCGAAGGGUAAACGAGUAGCAUAUGAAGACAUGUACUCCAGAUGUUGGAUACAAAAGAAGGAGAAAAUGAUCUCUACAGGUUGGCCAGACAGAGGGAUAGAGAUGGGAAGGACGUGCAGCAAGUAAAGGUGAUUAAGGGAUGUAAAUGUGUUGACUGGUGCCAGUAGUGUGCUAAGUAGAUGGAAAGGGUACUUUGAGAAGUUAAUGAAUGAAGAAAAUGGGAGAGAAGGAAGACUAGAGAGUAGAGGCAAGCGUGAAUGACCGGGAAGUGGGAAUGAUGAGUAAGGGAGAAGUUAACAUAACAUAAUGAAAAAUGGAAAGAAAGUUGGACCUGAUACAUACCAGAGGAAGUAUGGAAGCAAUUUGGUGAGGUGGCCAUGGAGUUUUUGACCAACUUAUUUAAUAGAAUACGAGCAGGAGACAAGAUUCCAAAAGAACGGAGGAAAAGUGUGCUAGUCCCCAUUUUUAAGAAUAAAGGCGAUGUUCAGAACUGUGGAAACUACAAAGGAAUAAAGAUGAUGAGCCACACAAUGAAGUUAUGGGAAACAGUAGUGGAGGCUAGACUCAGGAUGGAAGUAAGCAUCUGUGAGCUGUAUGUAUGUAUGAUUGUCUGUAUGGUUUCAUGCCGAGAAAGACUACCACAGAUGCAUUAUUUGCCUUGAGGAUGCUUGUGGGAAAGUACAGAGAAGUUUAGAAGGAGCUACAUUGUAUCUCUGUACCACUAGAGAAAGCCUAUGACAAAGUACCAAGAGAGGAACUGUGAUACUGCAUGCGCAAGUCUGGUGUGGUGAAGAAAUUUGUACAGGACAUGAUUGAGGGCAGCAGAACAGCGGUGUGAUGUGCUGUAGGUGUAUCAGAAGAAUUUAAGGUGGAGCUGGGACUGCAUCAGAGAUCUGCGCUGAGCCCCUUCCUGUUUGCGGUAGUAAUGGAUAGGCUGACAGACGAGGUUAGACUGGAAUCCCUUUGGACCAUGAUGUUCGCCGAAAAUAUUGUGAUCUGCAGUGAAAGCAGGGAGCAAUUGGAGGAACAAUUAGAAAAAUGGAGGUACACACUCGAAGGAGUGGAAUGAAGUUCAGCCAAAGUAAAACAGAAUAUAUGUGCAUGAAGGAGAGGGGCAGAAGAGGAAGAGUGAAGCUCCAGACUUCUAAUACUUGGGGUCAAACAUACAGAGCAAUGGUGAGUGUGGUAAGGAAGUGAAGAAACAGGUCCAAGUGGGAUGGAACAGUUGGUGGAAGGUGUCUGGUGUUCUUUGUGACAGAAGAGUAUUCACUGGGAUGACGGGCAAAGUUUAUAAAACAGUGGUGAGGCCGGCCAUCGUGUACGGAUUAGACGGUGGCUCUGAGGAAACAGCAAGAAGCAGAACUGGGGGGAGCAGCAAUGAAGAUGGUGAGGUUCUCGCUCGGUGUGAACAGGCUGGAUAGGAUUAGAAAUGAGCCCAUUAGAGGGACAGCCAAAGUUGGAUGUUUUGGAGACAAGGUUAGAGAGAGCAGACUUUGAUGGUUUGACAUGUUCAGAGGCGAGAGAUUGAGUAUAUUGGUAGAAGUGUGCAGAGGAUAGAGCUGCCAGGCAAAAGAGCGAGAGGAAGAAGAAAGAAAAGGUUGAUGGAUGUUGUGUGGGGGGACAUGAGGACAAAGGGUGUUAUGAAAGGAGGAUGCACGAAAUAGGCUUUGAUCAAAAAGAUGACAUGCUGUUGCGACCCCUCACGGGACCAGCCGAAAGAAAAAGAAGAAUUAACCAAUCAUGCAUGUUUUUUGGAUGUGGGAGGAAACCGGAGUGCCCUACAGAAAACCCACACAGGCACAGUGAAAACAUGGAACUCCACACAGGCAGGGCUGGUAUUUGAACCCUGGUCCUCAGAACUGCAAGCAGACAUUCUAAUCAGUUGUCCGCCCUUCCACCCCUGGAAUGUUGUUUUUCAAUUAAAUACCUGAAUUUCAGGAGGCCACGUCGAUGUAAAAGUAACAAAAAAGCCUGAUAGCAGGGUCUGAAACUGAAAUUACCUUGGGACUGCCGGAGGGAGAAUCUGGCUCAACCUGGGCUGAGAUUAGACAUGCAAGCGUGCACAAUAAAGUUUUUUUUAUAUAUCCUACCUUCUGUAAAAAAAAAAUCUCAUUUUAUAAUACUAAAUAAGAUAAGCAACGAUGCUGGUGUAAAGGAAUUGUGUGCAAAACUAUUAAUAUAACUCUCCAUGGCAACAUUACUGUAUAUUUCACUGUGAAAAAUGUUUCUCUGCUUGUAUCAAUGUCACACACUCGAGAGGCUUAUUCCCCACUGUGAUGGAUAGGUUUGUCAAUUCCAUAUGAAAUUGUGUGAUGAUGUUGCACUAUAUUAGGAACAGGACGUGAAAGCGCACUUUAUUUUGAAAGACAGCAUUUUCUGUCAUUUGUUCUUUUAUACAUUAUUAAUGUUAUUAGGAAUUGUGUUUGAAAAUGUUCAUUUAAAUUAAGGGUUGAAAAUUCCAUUUGAUUGUUAAUGGAAGAUCUGAGAAACAGUUAGUUGGCUGCAUAUUUUAUUUUGAAGCCACACUUAUCGUAAGGCGGGCAGGACUACUUCCUCUUGUUCGUGAGUCUUCUCGAGAAAGGUACACAUUUUUUUGUGCUCCACAUAUUUUCAUCCAUCCAUCCAUUUUCUUAGCCACUUAUCCUCACAAGGGUCACGGGGAGUGCUGGAGCCGGAAAAGAGGCAGGGUACACCCUGAACUGGUUGUCAGCCAAUCGUAGGGCCAUAUUUUUAUUGUUUUGUUAUAAAAUGUGAAUAUAAGUUAGUUUAAAACGUUUGCAAAGCGGGUGUAGUCACAGAGGUGCAGUGUUGAAUGUGUUUCAUUAAUUUCAAACAUAAACACGUUAGUUUGAGGAGUGGAAAGGUUCAGUGCAAAUGAGUGUUACCAAAGGGAGCAUGGUGACUGUGUUUUUGUUGUUCCAGACUUUUGAGAGUAUUUGUGAAGAGAAAUCUGUGAACAUCCGUGAAUGUCUCUCCUUUAUAAUACAGGUAAGUGAGUUUGUGCAAUUUUUUGCAUUCUUUUCAUCUAUUGCAAUGUAAAUCAUGUUAUUUACUUUUAUAAUAUAAGUGCUCUUGUUUGGGAGUCUUCUAGAGAGAGAGUUUUAAGAAUAUUUCUGUGAACAGCCAUAAAUGUGUCUCCUUUAUAAUAAAAAGAGGAUGGACCUUUCCGACCCGUCAAUCACUCGUACAAUAAUAGCCAAUCAGAUAGCCGCAUUGUCUUAACCCCUGGCCUGACCCACCCCUCUCGUCGCCAUGUCCCACAAUUAAUGCUGAUUAUUGAUCACGUGCGGUUGGAAAAGUUAAUGUUACGGACAAAAUGGUCCUAAGAUGCACUUGGAGAAAGUGCAAUUCUGAUGAAAGAUAUCCGGCUAGGUUUCAAGGGGCCUGGUUGAUUCAUUUUCCAAAGCCUAAAACAAAGUUGAGGAAGUCUCUACGAUGGAUUAUGGCUCGCGGAAAAGCCCGCGUACAACUUGUGUGUGGACAACAACAAAUACAAGGUUGUAUGUUCGAAGGGAUGUCAGUCCCACUUUAGGUUGUGGCUUGAAAAGGCAACUCCAGAAGAAAAGAGUGUGAAAGUCGAAAGGGGGUGUCAAAGAUGAGGAUGGCAUAUGGCUAAAAGAAGGUGGACAGGUCCCUUCCAAGUUACUGAGCGGACAGCCACAGCAGUACGUCUUGAAGGAAAGGGGACACGUAGUUCCACAUCUCGUCUACACUACCUGCCAGGUCCGCCUCAGGCUCAGCAAUCCCUCCACCUGACAACCGGAAAACUGCGUCUCCAGUGCCGGCUGGCACCCUUUGAUGACAUCAUUCUACAAGGGUUGAUUUCACGGUACACGGGCACAAUAAUCAUGGUGAAUCAACCUGGGACCAGGUAGUCUAACCCCAAGGUCCUGAAGAAGCCAACUGCGCUCCAGCUCGACUCAUCCCGGAGGAAAAGGUCCCCUCUCCGUGAUGUUCAACAUGAGUCCCCUCUUCGGCACAGACAUUGCAUAUUACAGGGGGGUUCUAUGUAAUGUCCACGACAAUUGUGACCAGCAAAGGAGAAUGCCUAAUGGUUCCCGGAAAUGCUCAAGAUAGCCGAGUGCCUCCGUUUAGUACGAGUAGGCCCCCUUGGUGCAGGACAUGCUCAUUUGAGUUUAACAGUGGAUCUUCACUCACUGAACAUCUCUUCUCUCUUGACAACUGCGACUCCGCACGCCGGCCCCCGUCAUAUCCCCACUGCCACAGGUUGUAUAGAUUUCUUGCUAACCCCAUAUGCUUUGAAUGUGGACUUUACCCCUGUUCGCGUUUGUCAGCGAUUCCUAAAGGCUGCUCAAGAGCAGAGACCAGAGCAGUUGGUUGAAGGCCAAGGAGCGGGAGUCCAUGCUCAGUUCAAUCAAGAAAUGUCUGCAGCAGACGCCUUGGGGGUAGCGUCAGGGAUCAGGCAAAGAUAUCCCAGUGGCAGACACACUGUCGAGAAAAUCCCUGGAUGAAGAGGAUCAGACUCUAACCGAGGUGAUGGAGACACAAGUCAGACACAAGUAUGGGUUUAUGGGCUUGAUGACAACAGGACAACAGACAACUCAGGAUGAGAAGCUCUCCAGUCUGAAGCAAGACAUUUGGUCAGGCUGGCCAGAGACCCGAAGACAAUGUCACCCACUCAUCACUGAAAUUGAGCGUCUGCACAACAUCACCACAGCUGCCGUUAUCCAGAAGAUGAAAGCAUGGAAUCGCCUGCCAGGUUGUCAGCGACAAUGGACCAAGUUACAACUCCAGAGAAUUCAAGCAGUAUGCAGAGUCGUGGGGCUUCCACCACAUCACCUCGAGCCCGUAUUACCCGCAGAGCAACGGGUUGGCAGAAAAAACUAUCCAAACUGCAAACCAAAUCCUCACCAAUGCCAAAGAGGAUAAGAAAGACUUAUAUCUCUGUUUUCUGGAAAAUAUAGUAUGACUUUAAAAUGCCAUCAAAUAGUUUUUCAAGACUA